AUGUUGACUGUAAUAUGUCGACGUGGGUUAUCUAGUGCGUUGCGCAAUUAUCGUACACUUAGUUCGACAAAACGAAGUUCAUCGAUUUCCGGAGAAGAGUCAGAGUUGCGUGGCGAUGGUGCCAUUCGACGAAAAGAUCCACUUGGUUUUACGAUUGAACAAACUUAUGCUAGUGUUCUAUCAUUUCUUCGACGAAAUUAUACACGUGAUCUGACUAAUAUCGAUGUUGCUGUGACUGGUAUACCUCUUGAUUUAGCAACUACUUAUCGACCAGGUGCUCGAUUUGGACCGCAAGCCAUUCGAGAAGUGUCUCCACAAGUAGCUAAUAGAAAACCUUAUCCUGAAGGAAUCGAUCUUUUUGCUGAUCUAGCCGUUGUUGAUUAUGGUGAUUGUUGGUUCGAUCUAAGUCAACCUCAUACAAUACCGACUGCUAUUGAAACUCAUGCAAGAAAAAUUAUUGAUCAAAAUGUUUUUCUUCUCUCACUUGGUGGAGAUCACUACUCAACAUAUCCACUACUAAAAGCACAUGUUUCACGUCAUGGCAAACCGUUAUCUCUCAUUCAAUUCGAUGCACAUUGUGACACAUGGCCAGAUGAAUCCUCAAACAGUAUCAAUCAUGGUUCCAUGUUCUACUAUGCUGUUCGUGAAGGUCUUAUUGAUCCUCAAACAUCUAUACAAAUUGGAAUUCGUACAUUUAAUGAUGAUUUUAUGGGUGUAAAAAUCCUUGAUGCUGAAUGGGUACAUCAACACUCAGUCAAUGAUGUAGCAGAAGAAAUUCUAAAUCGAGUCGGAAAUCGACCAACUUAUUUAACAUUUGAUAUCGAUUGUCUCGAUCCUGCAUUUGCUCCUGGCACAGGUACUCCAGUCUGCGGAGGCCUAACAAUGGCACAAUCGAUGUCUAUUCUUCGUCGUUUGGGUUCAAUCAAUUACGUCGGAAUGGAUAUUGUUGAAGUAUCUCCACCAUAUGAUCAAUCAAAUAUAACAAGUCUAGCUGCAGCUACUAUUGGAUAUCGAUUUUUAUGCUUACUUCGAAAUAAAAAGAUUAUUGAUAAAUCAUUUUCAUUUGGAAAUUAUUCAAAUUACAAAUAA